AUGUAUCAUCUUUUUAUAUGUAAAGGGUACGUUUAAACUUCAAACGUAAAAUUAUGACAUAUGCAUCGUGUUUCCCUUGUGGGAUGUGUUAUUGACACUGAAUGGGUUUGCUGCUGCCCAUGUCAAGGAAUCCAACUGAGUCUUCUUGUGCUGCAGGCUCCUGUCCAACAGUCCAAUGAUGAUGUCUGUGCUGUGGUAUUUUGCAGCUGGGCUGGCGUUUUGCACCAAAAACCCAUCUUGGGCUUUUGAAAUCAUCUCCACCAAGGAGGACUAUUACGCAGUCAAAGAAUCAAACGUCACGCUUUCCUGCAAAUUCACACAUGACUUCGAUAACAUCUCAAACAGAAUUAUAAUUAGGUGGUAUUUUCAGUCUCCAGAAGAAAAGCAGACAGAGAUGUUAAUGUAUCAUGGAGGCCAACUUGAUAUUGACCCAAACUACAGCAGGGUUCACUUCACAACUCCUGAACCCGGCCAUGGAGAUGCUUCCAUAGAGAUUAGUGACCUGCGUAUGUCAGACGAGGGGAUCUACCAGUGCAGCCUAGGGUGCAAGCUGAAUCUGCAUUCUAGUACCAACAUAAUUAGGAACAAGAUCGCGAGACUGAAAGUCAUGGAGAAGCUGAGCACACCAGUUUGUGCCAUGGAAGGCGAUCCUGUGUGGGGCAAUGACGUGACGCUCCAAUGCGAAUCCUCACAAGGCACCCCCCCGCUGAAUUACAGCUGGAAAAAGAUGAGUGGAAACCAGAUGUUGCCUCCUAACGCCAGUGGGGACGCCAUAGGAGGGAACUUGACUGUAAAAAGGCUCUCCGAGGACAACUGUGGACGCUAUCGCUGUACGGUGGAAAAUCUGGUUGAGACCCAACUCUGUGAGAUCCUACUACCGUGUCUAAAUGACCCAGUGAUGGUGAGAAGAAACAAAAUAAAAGUUAUCACUGCAGCGGCAACGUCAAUCGUUAUCCUUUUGGUGGUUAUUGUUGUCAGUGUUUGGGACUUGAGGAGAAUUAAUCAUCAAGAGCAAGUGACCAUAUAAAUAGUGGCGACACCUCAUCCAAGUGGUUUUCCACUGAGAAAACCUUCCGACAAACAUUUUUCUGACACUCAACUGUGGUUUUUACCCCUAGGGUAAAUACAUGUUUAUGGUGAGGUAGGCGCUCUUGGAGGAUGACACCCUGUAACAUUUGUCAUGCGACCUAAUUUGAGGACACAUUUAAAGGUUAUGUACACAUGAAGAACACCGAUUGGUCCAAGAUGUCCAUUUGAGAAAAUAAAUUAUUUUGAUUAAAAUCACAGAAAGAAACCUCUCCACUGCAACAACCAAGACAAAAGAGCUGUCAUAGGACCAUUGUGGACCUGCACAAGACUACUUUGGUCUACAAGAAGCUUUUUGAGAAGAGAUCGCUAUUGGCUUAAUAAUUCAUAAAUGGAACACAUACAAAAUAACAGUCAAAAUCUCCAUUACUCACAGGAUGAUUGAGAGAAAGGUGAGGGAGCAGAGCCUAUUUUCAAAAGAGGAGCUGGUAACAAUCUCAAGGAAGUUGGAAAACGCAUUUUCUCCACCAAGUACUGUGUGACAUUUUGCAUAACGUAUUCAUUUAUAACCUUUACUUACGUAAUUUUUUCAUGUUUUUAAUGACAUUCAGUUUUUGUUAAAAUAAAACUGCAGUGGUAUUUUAACACGAGUAUGAGUAGAUAAUGAGCAGUCUCUCAGCUUCUUGUUAUUCUUAAGGUUGAGAGCGUUUUUAGUGGGUUGAAGUGAUAUUUGUGAAAGGGUUAAUGCCGUUUGAGUGAUAGUUGUUCCUGUUUUUAUUUUUACUCAAGAAACAAAACUGAACAAUAAAUUGUUGAUAUCGUA